AUGCAAUCCCAAUGUGGUAGUUGCCAAAUUGUAGGAGCUAAGCAGGAAAGAAAAAUGGACGAAAAGAAAAGUACACAACGAUCGUCCUUUUUCACUAAAAGAACUGCUAUGUUGUUUUUUGUUGUUGCUUGCAUCUUUUUAAAACACCAGGAUGAUACUCCAAGACAGGGUGUGAAUGCUCCAUUACAAGUAGAUAAUAUUGUUUGUAGAAAUUUAGGAAGCACGGAAACAGAAGAAGAAGCUCCAUCGAAAAAUAAUUCAGGAUUCGGGGGGAAUAAAAAAGUUUACUUAGGAAAAGGAGCUCCAAAACUAAAUGAAAAAAAACUCCAGGGGAAAGAAGAUUAUGUAGGAAAUGCUCGUAUGGAUGAUAAAACUUAUUUAAAUACAUUACAAGAAUCAUAUGACCAUAUGGAUAAUGAUGAUAAGAAAGAACAAAAAAGGAAAGAAGAAAAGAAGAAGGAGAAAAAGAAAUGUCAAAAAAAAUUCAGUACAUGGGAAAAAAGGAAAGACAAAAUGGAAGAAUGCAAAGAAAAGAAAUAUAAAGACAAAAUAUCAAAAAAUCGCAAAAAAUGUUUACGACAUGAUGAGCAAAAACAUAUAGAUGAAGCAGGUGAAUUGGACAAAUUAUUAUUCGGGGAAUUGGAAUUAUUAGAAAAAUAUGGAACCCAUAAAGUUAGUACUUUCCACUAUGAAAUGAUUCCUAUGGAUAAAUUAUUAACAGAUGAUGAAAUAAAUAAAGAAUUAAAUGAAAUGGAAGAAAUGCCUAAAAAGUGCGAAUUAGUUGCUCUUUACUGGAAAUCAUACGUAAAUGAAAUACGUAAUUAUGUCGAUACUAUUAGAUAUUUGUUCGAGAAAUUUCUAGAAUUAAAAAAAAAACAAAAUUUCGAAACUUUGGGAAAAUGUAAUAAUAAAUGGAAAAAAUGUAGUAAAAUAGUUAGUACUAACUUUAAAGAUCAACGCGACUAUGUUAAUCAUAUAUUUUAUGCACAUAUGACAAAGGAAAAUUUGAGCAGAGAUGAAUUUAAAGAGAUUUUGGGCCACCUUAGGGAUUCAUGGAAAGAGUUGACCCUUAAGGUGACGCAAGAAUGUGUAGCUCUUUUGGAGGAGCCAAUUGUCCCGGAUGUCAAAAUCCUCGAUUAUAAACCUUAUUCUGGGAAAGCAUUUUUUAAAGUUACACGUAUGAGCAGCCCCCAAGUGAGCUCCUAA